UAAAUUGUACAGUGCAUUUGGGCAGACGCUUUUUGAGUUUUGUUGUUUUUUCUAGUUGCCGAAAGAAGUUGUAGUAAUAAUUUGAAAAUAUCGUUAUAACAUUUGAUAAUAAUGUCUAAAUCCGAAAGUGGUGCCCAGCUACUGGCACGUCUAGGGGCUAGGCAGUCACUAGAUGGCCUAGAUCCCAAUCUGUUUGACAUGCCCAUAAACGGCCAGGUUUUCCAGUUUUCGGGUAUGGAAGGAACAGGCAAGUCAGAACUACUCCUGCAUCUGCUAGUAAAGUGCAUCCUUCCUAAAACCUGGAACACGCUUCAACUCGGUGGGUUCGGAGUCCGGGUUAUUCUUAUUGACUGUGAUUACAAAUUUUCUGUUCUAAGACUUGCACUAGUAUUGGAGAAGAGGAUCUUAAAAGCUGUGGAACAGUCUGGCAAUGCAACUGCAGGUGAAGGUAGUUCUUUUUCAAUCGAAGAUGUCGAACCUUUCAUCAAGGCUUGUUUGAAGAAUUUGUAUCUGAUUCAUUGCAGUAGUAGCCAGCAGUUGCUAUGUACAGUACACAGUGUGGAAACUAUUUUUAGUACUGAGCCUGAAGUUUCGUGUUUUAUGAUAGACAGCAUUUCAGCAUUCUAUUGGCCCGACCGCUGUUCUGCAGGAGACAGUGCUUUAGGUCAAGAGAAAGUUAUGAACUGUAUUGUCAAAAGCUUAGAAAAAAUCGUGAAAGGUUACAAUCUUGUUCUUUUUGUGACAAAAGCUGAAAUAUUUAGAGACAGAAGCAGAGACCCGGGAAAGGGAGAUAAUUCAUCAAAUUCAGAGGAUAGUUUGGUUGCUGGAUAUUCAGAGUAUCUUGGAAAAGCAUGGGGGAAUUUUGUUGAUCAGCGUUAUGUUCUGACAAAAAAUACUGUUGGAAACAAAGUGACAUUUUCAGCUGUACAUAAAUCAUGGAAGUGCCCCAGACAGUUUACAAUAUCAGACUAUGGUGUUCUGUUUUUAUAAUAAAAGUUAUUUUUUGUUUUUCCAAUUGUGGAUAUUCACUGAUAAAACCUUUGCAAGAUUAUGAUGUACCCAUGUAUAUCUUUUUAAAUAAAGUUUUGUAUUAUGAGAUGUAUAUGAAUUUCAUAUACAUUAAAUAA